AUGCACAUGCUGAACAAGUUCUUCGACCUUAUAGUGGAAAAGGUCAGCACCUUUAGCCUCUUUAGCGAGGGCACCUGCCCUGCAUCCAUCUCUGCUCAGUGGACUGUGCUGCAGGAGGGAAUCUUAGUGGGGAACAUACAAGGCCUGCAGGGGUCUGCAAUAGACAUGAGACCGCCCAUUCAGAAAACAGCUCCAGACCCAGCUCCACUGAGGAAAACAGGGUUAAAGAACAGUGAUUCAGAGUGUGUGUGGAGAGCCGCAGCCGUGGUGCUACCCCCGGCGUAUCGCACGCAGGCAGCAGACGCCUCCUCCUGGGCUUUCAGCUCCGCAGGAGGCACCUACCGGACCCCAGGGCUGGGAGGGAGGGCUCGUACAGUGGGAUGUUGUCUACAGUGUGGAGAUGCUCAGCAGUGUGGAGAUGGUCAGCAGCUCAUGCUUUGGUGCUGCAGGGGGAAUCCAGCUCGGGCCAGGCUCUCCACACGCUGGAGAUUGAGAAGAGCCGUUGAUGGGGCCUUGCCUUGUGCCACAAAGCGUCUCCAGUCAAUUGUUUUGAAAAGGCCUUGCCAUUUGCCAAAAUGGCCGAGGACUAUGCUCACGAUUCCGUUAUUGCUUUCUCCGUAAAAAAAGACUCUCUUCGGUGACGGGUAUUCUUGGGUGGAUAAUACGGAUCACGUUGUUAUUGCUUAAGAAUACGCGUAGUCGAGGAGAGUCAUGUCGGCGGUGACGGCAGGCGACUAGAGAGAGAGCACAGCCCAGAGAGCCCACCUGCCUGCCCUGCUGCCUUUAGAGCAGGGGCUCACACACAUGCAUGCAUACACACACACACACACACACACACACCUACUCACUAACGCACACACAAUCACAUGAACGCACACACACGCAUUCACAUUCACGCAAGCACUCAUUCAUGCAAGCAUGCACUGAGACUUACUCACACACUCAGGACCAUUUAUCAAGCAAGCAGACAGACAGACAGACAGACAGAGCUGCAUCUCCUGUGUCUGUGUGUGUGAUGACUGUGCUGUUGAGUCUCUGUAGACGGGGCUGGCCACUCCUGUUCACCACGUUGCCUUCUUUUUUAACACACACUUCAUACUUACAUACACAUACACAUGCACGCACACACAUUUGAUGAAGAAAAAAAACAAAUGUUUAUAUUUUUGAUUUGUAUUCCUCACCUGCUUAUGCCUUCCAAUUGCACUGAUGUAUAAUCUCAGCUAUAGUGCCUUACUGACUUAUACGUAUACUUCUACUAUGAAUGUGUAUCAAGUUUAGGGCUAUGUGUUUGUAUCUGUUUAUUGAUUUGUUUUGUUGUUUGCUCACCGAUUGAUGCCGAUCAGCUUGAGUGUUUUCGCAGGGAGCUUGGUAAAAAGAACAGUGUAUUGUGGGGUGGCUGGGGUAGGUAGAGCUGCAGAUGCAAAUGCGUGUAGUCCACAGUAUUUAUUAUCUGUCCUCAGGACCACACACUCUUCACCUCCCACUCCACCUUUUUUCAUGCAAAUUGAUUUUGAAAUGACAUUUAUCGCGUGGGGUUUUUCCGCACGGAAGCCUGCCCCUCCACAAGGGCUGAGGGUAUAAAAAAACAGACACACACACACACACACAAACACAAAAUGUCCACCAAGCCAGCGAGACAGCUCAAUUUAUGCGCUGGGGAGGAAGACUGAUUCUAAAAGAACACACAGCAGAUAAACAAUUACCACAGGCUUAGAUUGACUAGCACGCCGCUCACCAUGUAGCCACACACGUAUCAUGAAUAUGUAUCAGUCACCGCAUAUGAUGGUGCAUUCUAAACUCUAACACCCAUGAAAAUCCAUUUAAGCAGCGUAAUAGGAUCUACUUGACUUAUGAAAGCAUACCCUCAGACAUGUCAAAUCUUAUAAAUAUACAUGAGGUCUCUUCUUUUGGCAGGAAUAUAUUUUCCUUCGUUUCCAAAAAAGCGUGAAAGGAAAUAUUAUAAAAAAACACACACACACACACACACAUACACACAAAAACAAAAUAUGUUGAUGUAUUAAAGAGGGAGGAUUUCUAAAUCUGCAAACAGUCCAAUUUACUCCUGAUUAUCAUUAAGCACAUUGAAAUGAUGCAUUAGCAUUUCAGACAGACGAAAGAAAACAAUUCAGUGGCUCUCCUCUUGAUCACCCUGUAAUUAUGGUUCUUUUGGCUGUGCUUUAAUGAACUGUGAGUGGUGGCAGAGACAGUAACACCAUGUUAUGCACCUUUGCCACUAGGGGACUCACACAACUGAAAAAUAGUGUGUCAGUCUGCUUAUGGUUCCAAUUUUAAGGCAUAGUUUUUAUUUAAUUUGGAGAAAAAAUGCUUUGAUAUACAGAAUUAUAUUUUCUGAGCUUUUUGCUUUUAAUUGCAAUUUAUUGGAUUGGAAAAAUCCUCUCAAGUCACAUGCUUGCAUUCACAUGCUUUCAGAACAUGCAGAUGGCAAUGAAUAUAGCAUAAUAUUUUAAAUGGACAUAUAUUAAAAAUAAUAAUACAGUAAAAAAUAUAUAUAAAUAACAUCAAAAACCUUUUAAUAUUUUUGAACUAAACACACUAGUUUAACACUAAUAGGAUGAAGAUAAAUAUAUUAGUCUUAAUUAUUUAAUAGAAACUAAUUCUAAAAUAUACCUCACAAUUUUAUAUCACUCUUAUCACCAUAUAUCAAAGUGGUGAACACAGCAGGACCAGGACUGCUACAAAGAGCCAGUUGGACAAAGAGCUCUGACUUGCCCCUCCCCUCCCCCCUUCAGACCUGUUAUAGCAGUGUAUUAAUGGUGAUCUGCAUUAUCAGUUAUAGCAUUAUUUACUUAUUUGUAUAUAUAUUACAGGCCACAUUUUACCAUUGACAGUAUUAUUCUGAUUACUUUGUAAUUAAGACAUUUGAAUUAAAUUGUUGUAUUUGUGUAGGAACAUUGUGCUUGCUGCUAAUUAAAUCUGUAUUUUCUAUUUUUGAUAAACAAUCUCCCUGAAAUCGUGAAAUUAUAUAUAUAUAUUUUUGUCCUCUUCUGCUGGUUUCACACACAUGACCUCAGUCUGUCAGCACAUUAUACAAUUAUUGUAAUUAUAUACAGCAAGGUACCUCAAAAUUACUGCACUUUAUAUUACUGGAUUUUUAUUCAUUCUGUACAAUUUGUCCUGCUCUUUAUGUCAUGAAUAAAGCUCUAUUUAAUUGAAAUUUA